AUGCUUAACAGAGACCACAUAUCUAAUGUCAUGGAUGUCCCUAGGAUUGCUGGGGCUUUUUUUAUCACCACUUUUGCGGGCUAUAUUAGCACAUAUUUAGUUACGCUCGGGAGUUCCCAGCUAGAACAACGACUACGAGGUGUACGAGAGAAAGUUUCCGACGUCGAAAGCCGCCCUAAAUCCUGGCCUAGCCCCUCCGCAGCAUGGCCGGCUCCGCCAACAGAUAGGGGUGUCAAGCGGAUAUCUCAAUUGUCUCGGAUAAGUGUGGCUAUAUCGAACGAGAGGCCUCUCAUUUUGGCCGAGGCAGUGAAAGGAGGUCCAGCCUCGCAACUUAUAGAACAGAUCGUACACACCGGCCCGCUAUGGAUUUGCAUCUUUCUACUUGCCAUCGUCGGGGUUCCGGUAUAUUUCGCGACUAGGUACGAGGCACCGUUUGAAGUUCUAUGCUUCAUUCUAUUCUGGAUUUUAUCCGUCCAGUUUCAGAGGUCAUUAAAGAGUUCAUACCGUCUCCUAAGGUUUCCAUACCUAAGAUCAGUAAUGGUCAUAUCUGCGAAUCCGGUGCUCGUGACUUGGGCAAUUGGAACAGCUUAUCUCUGGAUUAAGACAGCAUAUAGAGGACAAAGUAUCGAUGUCACUAUCACCGAAUUUCACUGGCACCAGACUCUGGCGGAGAGCAUAGUUGCGGUUGUAAAGGGCGGGAGGAUAUCAAAUAAUAUUGGCGCUGGUGACCUAUCCGGGCCGGUCUUGGAUGCUGGCAUCGUCUGUAUGGGGUUCAAGAUGUUCGAGUACCGAAAAGAGCUAUGGGAAAGCGUAUACACAGUGUUAGCCACAUGUGCAUUACUUUCCGUGGUAAAUGUCUUCCUCAACAUUAUCCUCGCCCGCGCAUUGGGAUUACAGCCCGCCGACGCCCUGGCCUUUGCUGCCCGAUCCGUUACUAUUGCUCUUGGAGUGCCGGCGGUUGAGAGCUUGGGCGGUAGCACUACACUCAUGAGUGCACUUGUUAUUUUUGGCGGGAUUCUCUUCCAGAUGGGUGGGGAUUGGCUAUUCUCACUCCUGCGGAUUAAUGACCAGGAACGCCAGCCGAAAUCUAACGACUCCAACAACAGUAGUUACACGGAAACUACGAGGUCUACGGAUAUGUGGGACGAGAAAGACAUGCAGAAGCAAAUUACUAGGACCGACAAUGCGGUUAUCGCAGCCGGUGUGACUGUAGGCAUCAACGCAGCAGCGAUGGGCACAGCGCAUCUAAUAGAGCGGGAUUCGAGAGCUACAGCAUAUUCCGCAUUGUCAAUGACGAUGUUUGGGGCUAUGACGGUGGCACUCACUGCGGUUCCUAGCGUCUCGGAGAUCAUAAUAUCUCUAGCAUCGAGAUGA